AUGAACAAUCCCGAAUUCCGCCAGACCCUCCACAAUAUCUCUCACAACUUCGAAUCUGCCAACCAAGCCGCUCAAGAGAACAUAUACACAUUCACCCAACGUUACGUCGACCCUUGUCUUGAAAGCGUGAAAUCAUGCCUCUGCGCGUGUACUGCGCCUUGUUUCCCGAACAGAGAUGAUAGUAUCCGACGAAGAAGAGGCCGGUCGCGUGGCAGAGCUGAAUAUAACUUUGAUUUUUACAAUGCUUGGGAUGAUGAUGAGGCGCUUGGUGAUAGUCCCUUGGCCUGGGGCAAUGAUGAGCUGGAUAGUUUGCUCGCCGGUGGGGGCUCGCAGUCCGUCCAACCACGGAAACAAAGGGCUAUGAGCUAUGGUUCCCGAGGCCGACGGAAACCCUCUGGGCUACAGCCCGACGCUGAUCAGGAUCCCACCAUCAUACCAGGCUCGUCAUACCUAGGGUUUUUGGAGCGGCUUCCAUGGAAAAUUGGCUUCAGAAAACUGCGCUAUAAGCCGUCAGCCGCAGACUUGCAGGAAAACCCAGGGGGCACCCGAGUGCGAGACGUUGAAAGCCAGCCAUUGAUAGAGGAGACAGAUGAACACGACAGUACGUGGCGAAAGGGGCAUGGGCGCCAGCGAAGCGGUACUGCCGCUUCCAGGUCAACCACAAAUUCCCUGAGUUCGCGGGGCGACCUGAUUAUGAGCGACGAGGACGAAGAUGCGCAGCCUCUUGACGAUGAGUUCGCAGUCAUGCUCAGCCGACGCACGACCAACCAAGGUGUCGCUGAAGAUCAGAGCAGUGGCAAAACAAAGACAUCGGGAGGCAAGCGACCCGGGGUGUCUCGCAAUUCAACUCGCACCGUCUCAUCGAAGUCGUUAAGAAGUCCCAGUGCCAAGAGCACUCACAGAUCAGAUUCUCAGAAGAAUCUAGCGCCGCUAUCCUCUGACGUGGUCGAGGAGCAGCCUGAACCCCCAAGUUUGAUGGACCUUCGGCGAGAAGAAGAGCAAGUGGCUCAUGAGGAGGAACUGGAAAUCAAACAGAAACGUGAGGCUGCACAACGCUUAGCUCUACGCCGAGGGCUGAGCUCGCGUGACGUGAAAAACAUGACCGGUGCAGAAGUCAAAGUCGACGAGAACGGAAGCCAUACGCCUAAAAAGCCAGAUGUAUCAGAGCCGGAUUCUGUAUCAGCCAUCGAACCAUCAUCUAUAGAUACUCAGGCCCAAGACGAAGACGAGUCCAUGUCGUCAAGUAUAGGUAACCCCAACGACGGCAAAGAUCCAACUUGA